CUAAAUCUCACACUCGAAAUCUCCAUUGAAACUCUCAUAUCUUCUCGUUCAUCUUGUUAUUUCCCACCUUUCGCUCCUCACCAAUCACCACCACAACCCCAUCUCUUUGCAUUAUCUAUUCCUUUCUCCUCCCCGAUUCUACCACACUUCGGAAAAAUUUCACAUCUUUACCCUUUUUACUUGACACCAUCCCCUCCAGUGACUGAGAGAGAGAGAGAGGGAGGCUUUAAUGUUUAAACUUCAAAGCAUUAAAUGAAUGAAAUGAAUUUCUGAUAAUGGAAUAUUGGACUACCAAUCAAAUCAGAAACGUGGAAGAAGAUAUAUCUGUCCAUCCUGUUAUGGGUCUUGCUUCUGCUCCCCCAUCCAAUUCUGUAGUGGCAAUAUUUAUUGCUUCUACUGUUGGACCUAGUAUUUUCCACUUAUCCCAUCUUCGAAUGUUAGCAACCGAACAGGGAGAACUAGAAGGGUCAAUGGCGGGGGCAGACUGAAAACGCUUUAGAGGGGGAGGAAGAGGAGGAGGAGGAACUCUAGUGUGUACGCGCACAUCUACAAGAUUACAACUGCUGUCUGUAACUGUGGAAUGGAAAGGCUCCGAGGACCCAUUGAUCCCUCAUUAUUCCUCUUUCUUCUUCUUCUCCUUUGAAAUCCCCAUUUUAAGGAAUCUCGCCCCACAAGUGCAUUUACUGAUGACUUCCCUCGCCACUGAAUGCACCUGGUGCAUUCAAUGCAAUGUCAAAUUGUUCAGGAAAUAGUAACCGCUCUGCUUUUGUAGCUUUUCUUCACAUUAUAUUCUUGAGUAUAAGUCAGUCCCUUCACUUUGUGGAGACUCUGGAGACUCAGCAAUCCACCUAGAUCAAUUACUUUCUUUGGGCUUGGGGAACAUUUCAAUGUUGAGCUUCUGGAACGAGGAGGAAGUGCGUUGGGUUUCACCCAUGGCCAUGAGCCGUCUAUAGACAUGGAGAACUUAAGAUGGGAGGAAGAAAGACAACUCUUCUCCACAUUAACCCAACACUUAGAUGAAAAAAUGUCGUUCGUACAGAUGCUACGAGGCGUAGAAUCCCCGUCUUUUAUAGACCCCAACUUUCAGUUUCUGUUAAGACUGCAGCAGCAGCAACAGAAUCAGAAGAAGCCAGAAACCGACUCCCGGAAUCAGGCACUGGAAUUGGAGAGCUGCAUCAGCAUUGACAUUUCAGAAGCUCAAUCGCCGAUUAAAUCAGAAAGCAAGGACCUGCAUCACCCACAAUCGUCUUGUCCGGGAGUUGAAAUGGAAGUGGUGAGUUCCGCAUGCAAGGUAGAAACGAAUUCGCAGGAGAAGUGCAGAGAAUGGAAGGCAGGGUCGUCGUCCGGGUGGCGGGUUGAGCAGAAUCGUCGCAGGACCAAAGGAAAAUCACCCCAAUCGAACAAAGCAGGCCCAGCGGCUAGCAGCCGGGAGAGGAGGAAGCGUAAGCGAACGAGGCCGAGCAAGAACAAGGAGGAGGUGGAGUCCCAACGUUUGACUCAUAUUGCCGUCGAACGAAACCGUAGACGACAGAUGAACGACCAUCUCAACGCACUUCGUUCCCUGAUGCCUACCUCCUUCAUUCAGAGGGGUGACCAAGCAUCGAUCAUCUCGGGUGCCAUUGACUUCGUUAAAGAAUUGGAGCAGCUGUUGCAGUCACUUGACGCUCGAAAGAGAAUGAGUAAAUCGGAAAGCGAAGGUAACCGCCACCACUCAAAAGAGUCCACCAUACCAGUCAAUGGCUUCUUUGCGUCGCCGCAAUGGACGAUGAUUGACUCGUCAUCGUCGGCCACCGUUCAUUUGAGUGUUGCUGGAUCCAGUGUGGACGAUGAUGCGAAGCAGGUUAACGAAUACAUGGGGGAGGAAGAGGAGGGAAGGGGAGGCGAUGAAGGAGUAGAAAAGUUGAAGGUGGAAAACAAGGCGGUGGUGGCGGAUAUCGAAGUGAUAGUAACAGAGACGCAUGUAAAGCUGAAGAUUGUGUCAGCAAGGAGGAGGUCAGGGCAGUUGGUGAGAGCCAUUGCUGCUUUGGAAGAUCUCAGGCUGAACAUCUUACACCUCAACAUUACAUCGUCUCGACAUUCAGUUCUUUAUUCUUUCAAUCUCAAGAUGGAAGAUGAGUGCAAACUGGGAUCAGCCGACGACAUCGCAACAGCGGUGCAUCAAUCUUUCAGGGUCAUCAACCCUGAGUAAUAUUUGCUAGUUACACAAGGGAAAAGGUCUCUCUCUCUCUCUCUCGUUAUCCCGUUUGCCGCCGGCCUGGUGAGGCAGAGAAAAAAAGGAAGGAGGGCACAGUUCGCACCCUCGGCAGUUGGCAGGGUUGGAGUUUUUAGAGUUGAGAAUUCUGAUUUUAGGGUUGCCUCAACCCUCCACGCCGCAGAGCAGUGCGCGACUUGGAGGGGCCCAUGGGUUGUGGGGUUGGGGCCUGGGCAGUUUUAGUCUUGAGUCAACCCAUCCCCCUGACUGGGCAACACAGAAUCGUCAGAAGAAGUAGAUGAUGAUAAUGACAUUAUAUUUUUCUUUUUAAUAUCAGGGAAUUUCCAUUCCUUCUUUAUUUUCCGGAGAAGGCCUCAGAAAUGAUCACAAAUUAUUUAAUUUUUUGUAGGUUCGGAAGUCGGAACAUGAUUAUUGAUUUCUAACUAUUAUUA